GUGCGUUACGCCCAAGUCAAAUGAAGUGUGUGGCACAGUCGGUGUUUAUUUAUUCCAACAGACUCUCAAGAUAUGAACCGAAACUGAGCUACCUGUUAACGUGUCGAGCUACAAAGUUGUACUGAUGAUGGAGCGCUGCCUCCUGCUAACUGGUGUUGCAGAGUCUGGAUCAAUUCAUUUCCAAGCGCCAGAGGAAAUACAUUUCCAUUCGGAGGAAGAGCUGUUCAUUCAGCAGGCAGUGGUACUCAUCGAAGAUGCCAUACAUUAUCGAUCUGUCAACCACCGACUGGACGGAAGAUCAAUUAAACUUUACAGAUGGUAUUACUCCAGAAUCUGUCAGUGGGGCCUCAAUGCGGGGAUAUUUGUCAUCUUGGCCCUAGCGUUUAUCGAAAAACCCUCCUCCCUGUCUGUGACCUCUGACCUGCGUUUCAAACACACCCUCUGGAAUCCGCCCUGUGGCCUGACUGAGGUCAUUGAGAUCAUCUGUUUACUCGUAUUCACUCUUGACCUCGUAGUUAAGAGUUAUCUGAUUGGUCGCGAGGAGUUCUUGAAAUGUAAAUGGCUGGUGGGCUACAUGGUGGUCAUCAUGGUGUCUGUCAUUGACUGGACGAUGUCUCUGAGUAUGACCUGUGAUGAGACUGUGAGAAUCAGAAAACUUCUCAGGCCAUUCUACCUCCUUCAAAACUCAUCGCUGAUGAAAAAGUCCUUGAAAUGCAUCAAAAGAACAUUACCUGGAAUUACCAGUGUGAUUUUACUAGUGAUUCUCCACCUAUGUCUCUUCACCAUAUUUGGCAUGCUGCUGUUUGCAAAGAGAGAGAACCUAGAGGAAGAUAUGGAACGGGAAUUAUAUUUCAAAAACCUUUCUCAGUCUCUCACGUCACUUCUGGUUCUCCUCACAACUGCUAACAACCCUGACGUGAUGACCCCAGCUUACACACUACACAGAGGUUUCUCCAUCUUCUUCAUUCUUUUCAGCGGGUUUGGAACUUACUUCCUUAUGAACCUCCUGACGGCCAUCAUAUACAACCAGUUUAGAGGAUACCUAGUGAUGUCAGUGCAGACAUCCAUCCUGAGAAGGUGUAUGGGUAUCAGGGCAGCUUUUGACCUGCUACACUGCCAGAGCCACAGGGACAUCACUUUCUCAGAGGACGAUACCAUUGAGUGUAUUCCAGUUCAGACAGUGCAGAUGGUGAUGAAGAGAGUUCAGAUGAAAGACUACUACAGGGAAGCUAUAAUGAAGAAAGCAUGUCAGUCGUACAGUGGCCGCAUCCCCAGAGAGGCCUUCCAGAGGCUGUUUGAUGAACUGGAUAAGGACAGGAUCAAAAAGCAUCAUCCUUUGCCUGAAUACUCAUCGAAGUUCCUGCAAAUGGUCCAGUACAUCUUUACCAAGCAUUCUGUCACAGUGGUGGGGAAUGUUGUGGCCUUGGCCAAUGUCGUCUGCAUCUGUAUAAUCUUGGUGAUUGAGUGUGAGAAGACUGUCUCUGAACGAGAGGACUAUCUGGAGACAGUCAACUGUUUCUUCAUCCUCUACUAUUUGCUGGAGAUGCUGCUGAAAAUGACUGCGUUUGGCUGGAAAACAUACGUGAGCUAUGGAAGUAAUAUCUUUGAUGGAUCUCUUACAGUUCUUUUGCUGGGCCUACAGAUAUCCAUAUUUUCUACUUACAGGCUACCAUUUUCGUAUUGGAACCCAGUCCACGGUGGCCCCAUUGCAUUAUGGGAGUUGGUGCGACUGGUCAAUAUGCUCAUAGUCUUUCGCUUUCUGAGGAUAAUCCCCAACAUCAAGCUGAUGGCACUCGUUGCCAGUACCCUGGUUGACCUGGUGAAAAACCUCAGGGCCUUCGCUGGUAUAUUAGUGGUGGUUUAUUAUGUGUUUGCUAUACUCGGUGUUUGGCUGUUUAAAGGGGCUAUUACAGCACAUUCUGCCAAUCUGAGCAGUACUGUCAACUCCAGGAUCAAGGCUGUUAACAAAUCUCUGCAAUGUGGUUCGUAUGAGCAACUUGGCUACUGGUCAAACAACUUUGAUGACUUUGCGUCUGCUCUGGUUCUCCUCUACAACAUCAUGAUGAUGAAUAAUUGGAAUGUCUUUCUGGAUGCGUACUCCAGAUACACCACUGAGUGGUCCAAAAUCUACUUCAUAGCCUGGUGGCUGACCUCCUCUGUCAUGUGGGUCAACCUGUUUGUUGCACUCAUCCUGGAGAACUUCAUCUACAAGUGGGACAGAAACCAAGGCUGCUCCAACGGUGAUAUGGAGAGGACAAACUUGGAGACUACUGUCCAGCUCAUGUUCAGAGGGCAGAUAGAGGAACCUACUGAGGAGGAAGUUGUCACCAAACUACAUGCCCACCAUCACCUUCAACACCUAACUAUGUCUGUGUCAGUGGAUCAAACAUAGAUGCAAUACCAUCUUAUAUUGCUUUGGAAAUGUUUUUGUGAGGAUGUUUUGCAAUUUACAAGUUACAGCUUUAUUUGAGCUUGUUUGAAUUUUCUUGUGAAUUAUUUUAUGAGGUAGCGCAUAAGAAUGUUUUGUUGCUCUAUAUUUUAUUUUGCUGACUUUUA